UACAAUGGAAGGACUUGUUUGGUAACAUUUCUAUUUAAAAGCACAAGAACUUGUGAAAUUAUUAUUCCACUUAAAUUGGUGAUUGUAGUACCAUAGAUGUAAACAUUCAAAUAGUCUAAUCUCAUCAUCUUAAGAUACAAUCUACGCCUUUGAUGGAUCCAAGUUCUCGAAUCACAGUCGCGUGACUGAAUUCGUUGCAGUGCUCGGCUAGUGUUUUUAUGCGCCAAUCACCAAAAAAAGGACCAUUGACAAACCCAUUUUAAACUACUUUAAAUUUCUAGCGGGAAAGGUCACGAUUGAUGACAAUCUUCACAAAACCAACUAGUCCCUCUUUUUCAAGGGCAUUGGAGAUCAAGAACCAUAUCCUUCAAGGCAUCAGUUCCUUCAAGCAGCUCAAGCAUAUCCACGCCCGACUUCUUCGUCUCGGCCUCGAUCAAGACAACUAUAUCCUCAACAUGGUCUUGAAAUCUAGCUUCAACUCGGGCAACACCAAUUACAGUCGACUCGUUUUCGAUCAAACUCACGAACCCAAUAUCUUUCUAUGGAACACCAUGAUUCGAGGCUUUGUUUCCAGCGAUUGCUUCGACCAAGGUAUUGAAUUCUACAAUUCAAUGCGGAGAGAGGGCUUUUUACCCAACAAUUUCACUUUCCCUUUCGUUCUAAAAGCAUGCACCAGGCUUUUGAAUUUUCAGUUGGGUCUGAAGCUUCACACCCUUGUCGUGAAAGCGGGUUUCGACUACGAUGUGUUUGUUAAGACGGGUUUGGUCUGCUUGUACGCCAGGUGUGGGUAUUUGGGAAACGCCCAUAAGGUAUUUGAUGAUAUACCUGCGAAAAACGUUGUUUCUUGGACUGCCAUCAUUAGUGGUUAUGUAGGAGUUUGCAAAUUCAGGGAAGCUAUUGACAUGUUUUGGAAGCUGUUGGAGAUAGAUAUGAGGCCUGAUAGUUUCACACUUGUUCUUGUUUUGUCUGCUUGUACUCGGUUAGGGGAUUUAAAUAGCGGAGAGUGGAUACACAGAUAUGUAGUAGACAUUGGCAUGGGAAAGAAUGUCUUCAUAGGUACCUCUUUAGUGGAUAUGUAUGCCAAGUGUGGAAGCAUGGAGAAAGCUCGUGGUGCCUUUGAUGGGAUGUCAGAGAAGGAUAUAGUUUCAUGGAGUGUACUGAUUCAGGGUUAUGCAUCAAAUGGACUCCCCAAAGAAGCCCUAGAGCUUUUCUACCGUAUGCAAAGAGAAAAUUUGAAACCCGAUUGCUAUACCAUGGUUGGAGUUCUAUCCGCUUGCGCCAGGUUAGGGGCGCUUGAAUUAGGGGAUUGGGCUUGUAGCUUAAUUGAUAAAAAUGAGUUUUUGACUAACCCUGUUUUGGGUACAGCACUAAUUGACAUGUAUGCAAAAUGUGGGAAGAUGGCUUCUGCUUGGAGAGUCUUCAAAGGGAUGAAGGAGAGGGAUGUUGUGGUCUGGAAUGCUGUAAUAUCUGCGCUUUCCAUGAAUGGUCAUGUCAAAGCUGCAUUUGGUCUCUUUGGUCAGAUGGAGAAAUUUGGGGUGCAACCUGAUGGGAACACCUUCAUCGGUCUGCUUUGCGGGUGCUCUCAUGCUGGUCUUGUUGAUGAGGGUCGUCGAUUUUUUAGUAGCAUGAAUCGUGUUUUCUCCUUGACUCCUACUGUUGAGCAUUAUGGAUGUAUGGUCGAUAUUCUUGGCCGUGCUGGGUUACUAGACGAGGCCCAUCAGCUGAUAAAAGAUAUGCCAAUGGAGGCUAAUGCCAUCAUUUGGGGAGCUUUGUUGGGUGGAUGUAGGGUUCAUCGUGAUACCCAAUUGGCUGAACAUGUGUUGGAACGGUUGAUUGAGUUGGAACCUUGGAACUCUGGUAACUAUGUGCUCUUGUCAAAUAUUUACUCCGCGAAUCAUAAAUGGGAUGCUGCUGCAAAGAUUAGGUCAAGCAUGAGUGAGAGAAGUAUUCAAAAAACACCUGGAUGCAGUUGGAUUGAAGUAGAUGGCAUUGUUCAUGAGUUCCUUGUGGGAGACAAGUUCCAUCCCUCAUCGGAUAAGAUAUAUGCAAAGCUUGGUGAAUUGAAAAGGGAAUUGAAAGCAGCUGGUUAUGUUCCGACAACAGAGUUUGUGCUUUUUGACAUAGAAGAGGAGGAGAAGGAGCAUUUCCUUGGUUGUCACAGUGAGAAGCUCGCUGUUGCAUUUGGUCUAAUCAGUACAGCAUCAAGUGAUGUGAUACGAAUAGUGAAGAACCUUCGUGUGUGUGGUGAUUGUCACAUGGCCAUCAAGCUCAUAUCCAAGAUUACAGGUAGAGAGAUAAUUGUCAGGGACACUAACCGUUUCCAUUGUUUCAUUGAUGGAUCAUGUUCGUGUAAAGAUUAUUGGUGAGGUAAGGGCUAUAUUGACCCUAUCAAACAUUCAAAUUUAUUUUUCAAACAAUGUGUCACGUACGUUUAAAAACCUUGGUCUCUCUCUCUCUCUCCCCCCUUCUCCCUCUCCCUACUAGCUUUAAAGAGGCAACAUAUAUAUAAAUAAUUGUUGAUAUUGAUAUUA